AUGUCCGCAUCGCGUCUCGCGCGAUGUCCUCAUCGUACCGCGAUCGCACGAAGCGACGCGGGCGGCGCUCGCGCUCGCUCGCGCCGCGUCGCCGCGCGAGCUCGCCACGAUGACGAAGCCGAGGUUCGGGGUGCCGAUUUGGCGGUGUUUGACAGGAGGCGGGCUCUCGCACUCUCCGCCGGCUUAGCGCUCUUGGACCCGUCCCCCGCGCUCGCCUCGUCCGCGCUCCUCUCAGAGCGCCUCGAGCGCAAGGACCUGUCCAAGCCCGUCUUCAACAAGGCCCGGCCCGGUCCCCAGAGGUACCCCGACUGGCUGGAGGGGACGUGGCGCUGCACCGCCACGUUCGCCGGGUUUGAGUUCCCGUCCAAGACGAUGAGCAAGAGCGCGCUCAUCAAGGAACCGACAAUCCCCGGGUUUCAGAAGCUCAGUCUGGUGUACGUACCGGACGUGGGCACGAGCGACGUGUCCUACGACGUUCGGUUCGCCAAGUUCGAGGGCAUCGAGGGCGUUCUGGAAGACAGAGCCUUCAACCUCAAGUCAAUAGUGAACGCGUACCUGGGGAAGGACGCGGUGGAGUCGGUGGAAUACGAACCGACGCGGGACGCGAACAGGACCACGGUCAACAUCCGACCGGGCGCGUCCCCAAACGCGGAGCGCAUCGAGCUGUUCUGCAACGCGCGAGAGAGCGAGACGCGUGUAGCGGACCGAACCUUCUUCGCGUCUGAGGCUUCCAGGCAGGUGACGCUGGGAUACGGCAAAGACUUUGGCACGGCGAGGGUCGUGAACACGGACUACCAGCACGUGUGGACGUUCACGCCCACGGCCUGGCGGUCGUCGAACGGAGACGAAACCAACGGAGACGAAACCAACGGAGACGUGGUGAGCGAGGCGAGGGUGACGCUGUCCACCGCGGGAUACGUGCAGGCCAACGACGCGCUCAGGUUCACCGCCGCUCCAAGCGCGACCGGCGGGGCGCCGAUGCCGAGUCUGGGAGGCGCGGCGGGCGCCGCGUUCGAGCCCGCGGUGCUCUACAGCCAUGUCAUGACGCUCAGGAGGCUGUGA